AUGGCAUCUCCUACCGACAGAGAGAUCCUACCAGAUACUAUCAAGCCUAUAAACUAUGACCUGUCGCUGUUCAAUCUCGAGUACGGAGGGAAAUGGUCCUACGAUGGACUGGUGAAAAUCGACUCCAAGGUCAAGGGGGACACGCAGGAACUGGUGAUUAACUCUAAAGAGCUCGAGAUCAGUGGUGCGGAUGUUCUUAGUAAAGACGGUGGAUUGCCUAUCACCUCGAUGACCGAUGUUUCCUACGAUACGACUAAGGAGCGAGCCACGAUCAAAUUCUCGGCGAACAUCCCUGCUGGUGAUGCUGUGAUUGCCAUCAAAUAUAAGGGCACAAUCAACAAUGCUAUGGCAGGGUUCUACCGUUCAAAGUACAAGCCAGUCGUAACUCCGGCUUCAGGUACGCCAACGGAUGGCGAACAUCAUUACAUGUUCAGCACCCAGUUCGAAGCUUGUGAGGCCCGGAGAGCAUUCCCCUGCUUUGACGAGCCGAACUUGAAAGCAUCAUUUGAGUUCGAGGUCGAGAUUCCAGAUGACCUGGUGGCUCUGAGCAACAUGCCUGAGAAACGCGUGACGAAAGGCAGUAAGGACGGGCUAAAGAAAGUUGCCUUUGAGAAAACGCCCGCUAUGAGCACUUAUCUGGCCGCUUGGGCCAUUGGCGAUUUCGAGCACGUCGAAGCAUUUACCGAGCGCAAAUACAACGGCAAAAACCUGCCCGUUCGAGUCUAUACUACCCGUGGUCUCAAAGAACAGGGCCGCUUUGCUCUGGAACAUGCCCACAAGACCAUCGAUUACUUCUCCGAAGUCUUUGGAAUCGACUACCCCCUUCCGAAAUCCGACCUGCUGGCGGUACAUGAAUUUGCUAUGGGAGCCAUGGAGAACUGGGGGCUGGUAACCUAUCGAACAACAGCCGUUCUUUUCGACGAGGAGAAAUCGGAUGCUCGAUUUCAAAAUCGAGUCGCGUACGUGGUUGCCCACGAACUCGCUCAUCAAUGGUUCGGCAACCUGGUAACUAUGGAUUGGUGGAAUGAGCUUUGGCUUAACGAAGGCUUUGCUACCUGGGUCGGUUGGCUUGCCGUCGACCAUCUCCACCCGGAAUGGAAGGUGUGGAGUCAGUUUGUGGCUGAAGCUGUACAAACAGCCCUCGAACUCGAUUCUCUGCGCGCUUCGCAUCCAAUCGAAGUCCCUGUCCGAAAUGCUUUGGAAGUCGAUCAGAUCUUUGAUCAUAUCUCCUACCUGAAAGGAAGCUCCGUCAUCCGCAUGCUGAGCAAUCACUUAGGGCAGGAGGUGUUUUUGAAGGGCGUUGGAGACUAUCUCAAGAUUCAUGCUUAUGGGAACGCACGAACAAAUGAUCUGUGGGCAGCCCUCAGCGCUGCUUCGGGCCAGGAUGUUCAGGCCUUUAUGGACCCUUGGAUCCGCAAGAUUGGAUUCCCGGUCGUUACGGUUGCUGAGGAACCAGGGCAGAUAACUCUUCGUCAGUCGAGGUACCUGACCACGGGGGACGUCAAACCGGAAGAGGAUGAGACUACCUGGUGGAUCCCCGUGGGUCUCAAGACAGGCACGCCUGCAAAAGUUGUCCACAGUGCAUUGACGGUCAAGGAAGAUACCGUGCGUGAUGUGGACGAGAGUUUCUACAAGAUCAAUGCAGACCAGAGCGGUUUCUACCGAACAAACUAUCCACCACAACGUUUGUUGAAGCUUGGAGAAAGUCAAGACCGUCUGUCGAUAGAAGACAAGAUCGGGUUGCUGGGAGACGCUACUUCCUUGGCUAUUUCAGGCAGCGGAACUACUGCUGCUCUUCUGUCUUUAUUGGAAGGCUUCCGGGAAGAGAAGGAUUUCUUGGUCUGGUCACAAAUUGCAACCUCAUUGUCCAAGGUUCGGGCUGUCUUCGCCGAAAACAAAGAGAUCUCCGAGGGGCUGAAGAAGUUCUCUCUCAAGCUGUUUUCCCCCGCAGCCGAAGCCACUGGCUGGGAGUUCCCGAAGGAUGAAGAAUGGUUGACGGGUCAAUCACGUAAGCUUCUGCUUGCUUAUGCAGCAGGAGCUGGACACCAAGGGAUCAUCGCAGAAGGCAAGAAGAAGUUUGCGGCUUGGAAGGGCGGUGACGAAAAGGCCAUUCACCAAAAUCUCCGGGGCGUCAUCUUCAAUCUGGCUGUUGCCAACGGCGGUCAGGAGGAAUACGAUACGAUCAAAGCCGAAUUCAAGAAAACCACGUCUGUGGAUGGCAGAGAGAUCAGCAUCCAAGCGCUGGGUCGAUCAAAAAACCCAGACCAUGCCUGGGAUUUGCUUGAGUUUGUGACUUCCGAAGAGGUACCUCCUCAGGACGCACAUGGAGGUAUCCUGGCCGUGGCAGCCAACAAUGGCACUCGACGAGUGGCUUGGGAAUUCACCAAGAAGAACUGGGAGAGGGUCGAAAAGAGACUUGGAGUGACGAAUGUGGUGAUUGACCGGUGGAUCAAGACGGGAUUGCCCAAAUACUCGGAUACGGCAAUCAGAGAUGAUAUCGCCGAGUUCUUCAAGGACAAAAACACGGCGGCAUUCAACCGGAGCUUGGUGAUAGUGUCUGACACCAUCACCGGGAAUGCUAGCUACAAGCAACGUGAUGAAGCCCGGUUGUUGGAAUGGUUGAAGAGCCAUGGAUAUGCUUGA